AUGUUAUUAAAUGAAAAUAAAGAAAAUAAUUUUUUUUCAUCACAUAUUUCUUUAGAAGAAUUAGAUUUAAAUGAUUAUGAAGACAAUGAGUUAGUACAAGAAGUUGUCCAAGAUUUAUGGAAAUUUUUACAAUCAAAAAACUGUGAAUGCCGAAUGAGAAAAACCUAUCAAUGUUAUGACAAAGUUGGAUUUAAACAAUUUUUUGAACGACAUAUGCAAUUUCAUAGUUUAGAUAAAAAAGAAUUAGAUUUAGUUUUGAUGGGUCAGCUUAUGGCAUUUGAAUAUAAUCAAGCAAAUGAAAAACAUAAUUUUAAUUAUCAAUUUAAUAAUGAUAUUAAACUUUGUAAAAAUACCUAUCUCAAGUUAAUUGGAGUUGGAAGUGAUUAUCUUGCCCAA